GCCUUUCUUCUUCUCUUCCAUCGGAAUUUUCUCUCAGGAAAGAAAUAAAUGAGCAGCCGUUCGAGUAGAACGAUUUACGUCGGGAACCUUCCCGGCGAUAUCCGUGAAAGAGAAGUUGAAGACUUGUUCAGUAAGUAUGGACCUGUUGUUCAAAUCGAUUUGAAGAUUCCGCCGAGGCCUCCAGGCUAUGCAUUCGUCGAGUUUGAGGAUGCUCGUGAUGCUGAUGAUGCAAUUUAUGGCCGUGAUGGUUAUGACUUUGAUGGGCAUCAUUUACGGGUGGAACUAGCUCAUGGUGGGAGGCGUUCAUCACAUGAUGCACGCGGUAGUUAUAGUGGUCGUGGUCGUGGCGGUCGUGGUGGUGGUGACGGUGGUGGUCGUGAACGUGGACCAUCUAGGAGAUCAGAGUACCGCGUUGUAGUGUCAGGUUUGCCUUCAUCUGCGUCCUGGCAAGACCUCAAGGAUCACAUGCGUAAAGGAGGAGAAGUUUGUUUUUCUCAAGUGUUUCGUGAUGGUAGAGGUACAACUGGAAUUGUAGAUUAUACCAGCUACGAGGACAUGAAAUAUGCGCUCGAUGACACAGAGUUUCGGAAUGCGUUUUCUCAUGAAUAUGUUCGGGUUAGAGAAUAUGAUUCAAGGAGGGAUUCGAGGAGCCCCAGCCGUGGAAGAUCCUAUUCUAAGAGCCGCAGCCGUGGACGGAGUCCCAGCCGUAGUCGUAGCCGCAGCAGAAGCAGGAGCAAGAGCAGAAGUCCAAAGGCUAAAUCUUUGCGUAGAUCGCCUGCAAAAUCUACAUCGAGAUCUCCUCGCUCUCGCUCCCGCUCUAAGUCGAGGUCACUGUCUCCACGAGGGUAUGCUUCAUUUCUUCUAUAAUGUUUAUGCUAAAAUAUCCAACAUAAAACAUAACAUAGGCUCUAUUUAGCUCUUCCCUUGAAGUUUGGUGACAUCACAUUAAAAGAUGUCACUGGGAUGACUCCGAGUUGUUGAUUGAGAAUGAUGAUUGCUUCUAGUUAAGGGUACACGAUUUAUUUCCUUUGAAAGUCUGGUCUUUUAUAAUUAUAGUGUUGAGAAUGGUUUUGUUUCUUAGAUAUGGAUAUACAUACAAUCAACUAAAAUAUGGGAAAUAGUAUCUGGAUCAUGGAUGUCUUGGUUGGUUGUACACAACUGUUUCGUCUCAGAGGUAUAUGCUCUUUCUUAGAUGGGCAAGUUCGUUUUCUGAUAAUAUCCAUUGCUGCUAGAUGGGUAACAGUGGAGAGACAUUGGAUCGCAUUGAUAUAGUGUCAUCAAAAUGGACCCAUCGAGCUAGGACAGAUAUUUUCAUUACCUGCUAAUCGACAAGCGAUCUGGAUUCUCAUGGAACCGAUGCUGUUCUGGACACAGGGUUUGAUAGAAUUAGAUUUGCUUUGAUAUUCUCCAUCUCUACCAUCUGUUUUAACGAAAAGCAGGCUUGUGUUGGUUUGAUUUUCUGCUAGAAAUAGUCUGAAGAUAUGUUUUUUUCUUUUUUGCUUCUUGUGAUUGUGUUUUGAUGUCUGACAUGGAAUGAGGCAUCAAGGGUCUUGGUGAAACAGCUAUUAAACACGGAAAUAUUGGAUUUUUAAAACUGGAUUUGUUUCUCGGACUUUUGCAGAUCUCGUUCAAGGUUCAGAAGGAAGCAAGUAAGAGCCCUAGCAAGCAGCUGAGCCCUAUCCGUGGUAGGAGCAAGAGCAGAAGCAGGAGUCCAUCUCGGUAAAGAAACAUCUCAUAUCAGGUAAAAAGCUGGGUCUGUUGGAAGAUUCUCAUAAAGAUGAUCUCUCUUAUGUAUGAGAAGUUGAAAAACUAGUUGUGUAUUUCAUUCUUAUUAGCUUGGGUUUGCACAUGGGAAUGAUAUAUACUCAGUCAUCAUCAGUUUAUGAGCUAAGCUCAGCUGAUUUAUAUGACUUGCUAAUAUAGUUAGUGCUUAAAACGAA